GGAUUGCUUAAUAGGUAAGAAUUCUUUAAGAGCUCUGAGCCUGUUACUACCUUCCCUUCCUUAUACAUGGUUCCAGAAUCCAAAUAUUUCGGCAUGCCGUUCCCAUGAUUUCUUCAAUUCUGCAUCUCUGCGUCCCAAACAUCCAACACAGAAUCCAUAGCUUUUCUUUUCCUAGAUUGAUUAUCUCGAUCUAUCCACUUCUUUUUCUUUUCCUUAAUCACUUCAGUUUAGCGGCUUUUGCUUAGAUUGAAAACCCAAAAAGGAGAAAAAAAACAUAAAAAAAUUACUCCCUUCGUUGAUGCUUUUUAGCUUCCUUGUCUCUAGGAAACAUUCAAUCUCUGUGAGAUGUGACCCACCAGGCCACUACCUCAAUCAAGCUUGUGCUCUUCUGGAAUUUCCUAGUAUUUUUUUAUUACUAUUUAAUUCAAUAAAAGCUUCGUAAUUUAAUUAUGAUCUUAAUUUCAUCGAGUCGUUCUGCGUUUCUGAUGUAAUAGAUUUAUUCAUGGAAGCAAACCAGAUACCCAUAUGUUAAAAAUCCCUCCAAUUUCCCUUUCUCCCCUGUAACUAAGAGAUUCUGCUUUCGAUUUUAGACGAAGGUAAGAAGUUGGUACUUGCUGGAUGGAUAUCGGCAGAGCCCGGCGAGCUUCCGAUGCGAGAAAUGUGUCUUUGUUAAACCCAGAAGACAAAAUUCUCAGAAGGUGAGAAGUUUCAACAGAAUAUCAAUCCUUCCAUUACGAUGCAAUCAAGGUCUUUAACAAUAGAGGACGGCAAAGACCCUUCCGCCUUACCCAAGGCACCCCAAUCGAGGGUUUUCCCCCUAAGGAUCUUGCAGUUCUUUGGGUUGUUUCUCAUUCUGGGUCUUGGGAUUUCUGUCCUAAGCAUGUUUAUGAUCCGUUAUGGGGGAGUUCAGAACGUCGUUAGCACAGUAAGGUCUGAAUUCCAGCCCUGCUUGGAAGAGCCUGGUGUUCUAGAACGUUGGAUCAAGCCUCCGUCUAAUCUGAUGCACUCAAUGACUGAUAAGGAGCUGUUCUGGAGAGCAUCAUUUGCUCCUCAAAUAAACGAGUAUCCGUUUACUAGAGUUCCUAAGAUUGCUUUCAUGUUCCUGACGAGGGGGCCCUUGCCGCUUUCACCUCUUUGGGAGAAGUUCCUCAAGGGCCAUGAAGGGCUUUAUUCAAUCUAUAUUCAUUCUCUGCCAUCUUACGAGGCCAAGUUCCCUCCCAGUUCUGUUUUCUAUCGGAGACAGAUUCCUAGCCAGGUGUCUGAGUGGGGCAGGAUGAGUAUGUGUGAUGCUGAGAGAAGACUUCUAGCAAAUGCAUUGCUUGAUAUCUCCAAUGAAAUGUUUGUACUUGUAUCGGAGUCUUGCAUUCCUGUCUUCAACUUCAGCAUUGUCUACGACUACCUAUCAAGUUCCAGGUUUAGUUUUAUUGGUGCAUUUGAUGAUCCUGGGCCCUAUGGUAGAGGACGCUACAAUGAGAACAUGGCACCUGAGGUUGAUAUCACACAGUGGCGCAAAGGGUCCCAGUGGUUUGAGGUAAACCGUAGGCUUGCGAUUCAUAUAGUGGAAGAUACCAUUUUUCACUCAAAGUUCGAGGAGUUCUGUAAACCAGCAUGUUAUGUAGAUGAGCACUAUUUUCCAACGAUGCUGACCAUUCAGGCACCACAUCUCUUGGCAAACAGGAGCCUCACUUGGGUGGACUGGUCAAGGGGUGGUGCUCAUCCAGCUACUUUUGGAAAAGCUGAUAUCACAGAGGAUUUCCUAAAGAGGAUUCUUGAAGAUCACAACUGCCUCUAUAAUAACGAGCCCUCUACUGUCUGUUUCCUUUUCGCCAGGAAGUUUGCUCCAAGUGCUUUGGAGCCUUUGUUACAGCUGGCACCAAAGUUUUUUGGGUAUUGACUUGUGAUCAUUUAGCUGUAUUGCUGAAUGAGAAAUAGAAGUUCUGGUUGAAGAAAAUGGAUCUGGUGGACCAAAUGAUUCUUAUGCAGUGCAUGUCGGAGUUCUUCUCCAAAAUGCUUUAUGGUGUAUUACCAUGACAUUGAAGAAGAGACUGGUAUCACAUGCUUUAAUGUAUGAUACCUUUUGUCACGGACGGCUAGGAGACUAAGGCCGUGACACUUUGCUCUCCUUUAACUUAGUUCAGAAAGAUACAAAUACCGCUGUAUAAGCAAUUUUCAUAGAUGUAUAGACUUUCAGCUUCCGGGUAUUAGUAUUCGACAUCCAUUCUUGUUAUCAGAAUUUAUAGUAUUCAUUUUGUUCUUUUUUAAUUUCAACUUGCAAUGUAAUUUUGAUACAUUCUUGUCCCCUUUUUGCAAUGGUAUUAUGGUUAAGUUUUAGGUGACUGAA